CAAUAUCCUCUUGCAAUAUUACUGGUAGAGGGUGAGAUCAUACUUGGAAUAGAAAUGCAAAAAAUGCUACUUUCUGAAAAGGCUACGAGUAAUUCCUCUCAUGGCCAAGACUCUUCCUACUUCCUAGGUUGGCAGGAGUACGAGAAAAACCCCUACCAUGAUGUCCAUAAUCCAACUGGGAUUAUUCAGAUGGGUUUAGCUGAGAAUCAGCUCUCCUUCGACAUUAUUGAAUCAUGGAUUGCAACAAAUGUGGACUCCACUGGUUUCCACCACAAAAAUGGAAAAUCCAUGUUUAGAGAAUUGGCACUCUUCCAAGAUUACCAUGGCUUGCCAGCUUUCAAGAAUGUGCUGGCAGAGUUUAUGGCUGAAAUUCGAGGAAACAAAUUGAGAUUUGAAGCAAACAAGAUUGUACUAACCGCAGGCUCAACAUCUGCAAAUGAGACCCUCAUGUUUUGUCUAGCUGAACCUGGACAGGCUUUUCUUGUGCCUACACCUUACUAUCCAGGGUUUGACAGAGAUCUUAAAUGGAGAACCGGUGUCGAAAUAGUGCCCAUCCAUUGCUCGAGUUCUGAUGGAUUCCGGCUCACUGAGUCCGCGCUAGAAGAAUCCUACCAACAAGCCCAAGAACUCAAAUUAAGAGUCAAAGGAGUGCUAAUCACAAAUCCGUCAAACCCUUUAGGCACUACCAUGACCAAAAAAGAGCUCAACUACCUCAUCAAUUUUUCCAUCGCCAAAAGAAUCCAUAUCGUGAGCGACGAAAUAUUUUCAGGAACGGUGUUCGACUCUCCACAAUAUACAAGCAUCGCGGAGUUAGUAGUGGAGAGAAAGCUUAACCAAAUGACAGAUAUCUGGAAUCGAAUCCACAUCGUUUAUAGCCUGUCUAAGGAUUUGGGCCUUCCGGGCUUUCGAGUGGGCCUGAUUUACUCGAACAAUGAGAAACUCCUAUCGGCCGCCACCAAAAUGUCUAGCUUCGGGCUCGUUUCCUCGCAAACCCAGUUUUUUCUCUCGAAAAUCCUUGCGGAUAAGAAAUUCACGAGAAAUUACAUUAGAACUAACAAGAAGAGGAUCAGAGAGAGAAAGGAAAUGCUUGUUUGUGGGCUUUUGAAUGUGGGGAUAAAGUGCUUGGAAAGCAAUGCUGGGCUUUUUUGUUGGGCCGACAUGAGGCAUCUACUUGGGGAAAAUUCGUUUGAAGGGGAAAUGGCGCUUUGGAAAAAGAUAGUGUAUGAAGUUGGGCUGAAUAUAAGUCCUGGGUCCUCUUGCCAUUGCGUAGAGCCCGGUUGGUUUCGGGUUUGCUUCGCGAAUGUGUCGAAAGAGGCCCUGAGUGUCUCGAUGAACCGGAUCAAGGCCUUUGUCGAGCCCAUGGGCCGUAGGGCAAAUGGUUUGAACCAAGGGGAAGUGGUUAGUAACUGGAGAAUGAGGUCUCUUUCCAAGUGGGUUUUGCAGCUUUCGUUUUGUGAUAGGGAGGCAGACCGUUAAGUCUCAUGGGAAGAUGUCAACUCUCUCUCUCUCUCUCUCUCUCUCUCUUCAUUCGUGCUUGCAUUAUCGGU